AUGGACAACCUGCAGGAGCCCUUUCUGGGCCUCUCGGAUGGCUUGGACUCCUCCAACAGCACUGGACUGCUGUCUUCCUGGGACUGGAAAAACAGGGCCCGGCCCUUCGUGCUCAACCAGGCCUCUCCAACUCAGAGCCUUUCACCGGUCCCAUCCCUGGAGUCCUAUUCUCCAUCCCCUUGUGCUGCCGGGACCGGGCUGCCCUGUGGGCGUGGUGGGGCCGGUGGUGGGGUCAACGCUGGCUGCAGCAGCCCAGGCACUGGAGGCCUGGUGGAGGUGGACUACAGUGUGUUAGCUUUCCAGCCUGCCUACCUCCAGGGUGCUGGUGGCCCCAAGACCCAGAAGGGCACCAAAGUCAAGAUGUCUGUCCAGAGGAGACGCAAGGCAAGUGAGAGGGAGAAGCUCAGGAUGAGGACCUUGGCUGAUGCCCUACACACCCUGCGGAAUUACCUGCCGCCUGUCUACAGCCAGAGAGGCCAGCCACUCACCAAGAUCCAGACGCUGAAGUAUACCAUCAAGUACAUUGGGGAGCUCACUGACCUUCUCAACAGCAGCAGGGAGCCCAGACCCCAGAGUGUGUGA